GCUUCAAACUUUAAACCAACUUAACUGCUAGUAAUGGUAAGAGAAGAGAAACAACGGGAACAAACAGUGGAGGCUGCUUCGCUCAAACUCAGACACAAAACCAGUGCAUGAAUCAGUAUGAUCAACAGUGCCAUCUGCAAGGCUUCGAGUUUGAGCCAUGCAACUCUCUCACUCAAAGCAGAAAGUUGUUCAUUUUCGGUGAACAACCCUAAUCGUCUGUCCAACAAACAUUGCAUGGUCUUUUCCAAUGUUAGAAACAGAGCCAAGACUUGUUUGUUGACGACCGAGUACGUGAAAAGAGCGAGAGAUUUCGGUGGAAAAGAAGAAGAAAAAGAGGAGGAAGCCAAAGCACACCGGAAGGAGAAAGUGCACUGCGAAGUGGAAGUGCUUUCUUGGAGAGAGAGGCGAAUCAAGGCCGAAAUUUUGGUUUCCGCUGACAUUGAUUCUGUCUGGAAUGCUCUCACUGAUUAUGAGCGUCUUGCCGAUUUUAUUCCCAAUCUUAUUUGCAGUGGAAGAAUUCCUUGUCCUCAUCCUGGACGAAUAUGGUUGGAGCAGAGAGGUUUGCAAAGGGCAUUAUAUUGGCAAAUUGAAGCACGUGUAGUCCUUGAUCUCCAGGAAAUUUCCAAUUUGACCAAUGGUCGUGAACUCCAUUUUUCCAUGGUUGAUGGAGAUUUUAAGAAGUUUGAAGGGAAAUGGUCAGUCAAAUCUGGAACAAGGUCUGUCAUGACAAAUUUAUCUUAUGAAGUUAAUGUAAUUCCGAGAUUUAACUUCCCUGCCAUUUUCCUGGAGAGGAUUAUUAGAUCAGAUCUUCCUGUGAAUCUUCGAGCCUUGGCUUCUCAAGCUGAAAGGAAUUAUCAUGGGAAUCAGAAGAUGUCAAUAGAAAAAGAUUUGGUUAGAACAUCUUUGCCUGUUCCUUCUUCAUCUGGAAUGGACUUGGAUGGUGCACUCUUGGAAAAGGACAAACUACUACCAGUAGACCUCAGAGAGAGUUAUACUAGCUCCAAUCUUGGUCCCUUGCUUCCAUCUUCAAGUGAGUUGAACAGUAACUGGGGUGUUUUUGGAAAAGUGUGCAGAAUUGAUAGGCCUCGCAUGGUGGAUGAAGUUCAUCUUCGUAGAUUUGAUGGCUUACUGGAAAAUGGAGGUGUUCAUCGCUGUGUUGUUGCUAGCAUAACUGUAAAAGCUCCUGUUCGUGAAGUUUGGAAUGUUUUAACUGCUUAUGAGAGUCUCCCGGAGUUUGUUCCAAAUUUAGCUAUUAGUAAAGUUUUGUCACGCGAAAACAACAAAGUUCGCAUUCUCCAGGAAGGAUGCAAGGGUCUACUGUAUAUGGUUCUUCAUGCACGGGUUGUUUUAGAUCUACACGAACAACUUGAACAAGAGAUCAGUUUUGAGCAGGUUGAAGGGGAUUUUGACUCAUUUCAGGGAAGAUGGCUUCUAGAGCAACUUGGAAGUCAUCACACGCUACUGAAGUAUUCUGUGGAGUCAAAAAUGCACAGAGAUUCCCUUCUUUCUGAAGCUAUAAUGGAAGAGGUUAUAUAUGAAGAUCUACCAUCCAAUUUAUGUUCAAUUCGCGAUUAUGUUGAAACAAGGGAGGUGGAAACACAUGAAAGUCGACAACUUUCAGGGAAAGAAAGUUCUUCUUCCAGCACAAACAAUGGAACAGGUUAUAGUGAUACUGCUAAGCAGGUUUUGGAUUCCACUAGUCCUAAUUCAUGUAGACAAAGACCCAGAGUUCCUGGCCUGCAAAGGGACAUUGAAGUCCUCAAAGCUGAGCUCCUGAAAUUUAUAUCUGAACACGGACAGGAAGGAUUCAUGCCCAUGAGAAAGCAACUUCGCUUGCAUGGCAGAGUGGAUAUUGAGAAAGCCAUCACACGCAUGGGUGGAUUUAGACGGAUUGCAUCCUUGAUGAAUCUCUCCCUUGCAUACAAACAACGCAAACCAAAGGGCUACUGGGACAACCUUGAGAAUCUACAGGAUGAGAUUAGCCGAUUCCAGAGGAGCUGGGGGAUGGACCCAUCAUUUAUGCCCAGUAGAAAGUCUUUUGAGCGUGCAGGGCGUUAUGACAUUGCACGUGCAUUGGAGAAAUGGGGGGGCCUUCAUGAAGUUUCUCGUCUACUGUCUCUCAAGGUGAGACACCCCAGCAGACAGCCACAAACUACUCCUAAGGAGAAACAGAUUGACAACAUAGCAAGCAGUGAUGUAGAAAGUGAAGGAAAGACUCCAUCAAAUCCUUAUGUUUCUCAAAAUCCACAGAAGUGGCUCAAAAAGCUACAAGAUUUGGACAUUGAUUGGGUUGACUAAAUAUAUAGGUACUAGUUUCUUUUCUCCAUAUCUCUUAACAUCUUUCUUUCUCUCUCUCUCUCUCUCUCUCUCUCUCUCUUUGUUUUCUUAUAAUCUUCUCAUUCAUAAUAUUAUAAAGAAAUGGCUUUUGUGGCUCCUAGCUACGAUAAUCACCAUGGAAAACAAACACAGGAUUGGCAAAGAAAACAAAAAUGCCUCCACUUCCAAGGUUUUUACAAUUUUAAAAUAUAU